AGGCGGACGGUGAUUUUGAUUCUUUGUUUUAUACCUCUAUAAGUAGCUAAGUGAUAAAAAUACACCUACGUUCUUAAAGUAUAGGCCUUUACAAGCAGGCCUGAAUAUCUGUAUUCUAACAGAAGGAAGGAAAAGAGAGGAGCAGCAACAGCAGCUCUAGAUCCCAGAUGAUAUAAUAAGUGAAGAGAAGGAAGUAUUGCUGACUUGGCUUCUGAUCCUGGCAGAGCGAGUCUGUCUCACUGAGUUCAGCGUAAGAGAGAAGUAGCUGCAGUCCUGUGAAGAAUGGAAAAGUUAAUGUGGUUAGUGGCACUUGUGAAUUCCUUCAUCUUCUGCAAUGCUAUCCUGGAACUGACUGGCACCCACGACAUUGAAGGGACAUGGAAGAGUUCCAUCACCUUGCCAUGUGUCUAUGUGCCUUCCCAGGACUUUGUGCAGCAAACAGUCAUUUGGACCCUGGACCGAGAUCAAAACCUUGCCACCGUCUUUCGAAGGGAUAGCUCUGGUGAUCACAUCAUGUUGUCACUAUACAGAGGUAGGGUCAGCGUCCCAAAAUACAGGCCAGGGGAUGUCUCUCUUGAAAUUGAGAAGCUUGAAAUAACAGACCGUGGACACUACACUUGCAAAGUCACCUGGAGAGCCCAGAACAGCAGCCUGCUGACAAAGGAGAGAACCACUACAGUUAAGGUUAUUAAAGUUGCAGUGACUAAACCCAUCAUCAGACCAGGCAAUCUGGGAUUCACUGUACCAAAAGGGGCUAGGACAAGCCUGACCUGCUCUGCCAAUGGGUCCCCACCCAUCAUCUACCGCUGGUUCAAAGGAGAGCCAGGAGGAGACGCAGUGCAUGUGAGCAAUCACGCCGUACUCAUGUUUGAUUCUCUGCGAACGUCUGACACGGGGAAAUAUUACUGCGAAGCAGAAAACAAAGCAAGCUCACAAGUUAUACAGCAGAGUGAUGCAGUGCAGCUGACUGUGAGGGACCUCACAAAACCAGCAACCACAGUACCCAGCUCUGAGAACAAGGCGAACACCACGGCCAAGGCUGUCUCAGAAAGAGAUCUGAUCACGACAGCAUUGGCAACUGGGAGUGACGUGCGAGUUCCAGAAACGCAUGAAGUGACAACGGCCCCGCGGAGGACCGGCCUGCCCCUCUAUCUCCUCAUCCUGAUCGUUGUGCUCUGUGUGGCUGUGGUUUUUGUUGUCGUCGCUGUCGUCUUGUGCAGGAGAAAGACCAAGGAGGAUAAUCCGUAUGAAGUAACAUAUCAAAACACGAGGAAUGACGCGAGAAGACAGACUUGUUCAGGAGUCAAUGGCAAGUGCAUGUAUGAGGAGGGAAAACCCACGGUCAAAAACAACUACACAACACAGCCUGUGAAAGAGAAUGAAUAUGAGACAAUAAGCAUAAAGGAAAACAUUGAAUACAAGUUCCUUGUGAACGCAAUGGAAUCGGAAUAUGAAGUGGGGGAUGUUCAAUAGGGAACCAGCAUUUUCAUGCAAGCAGGAGUGCAGAAGAUAGAGCUGGACAGCUUCAACGGUGACCCUUCACCAAGGGAAACCCUCCUUCCCGUCUGUCUUCUCCUCUGGUAAAUAUUCUAAACUCAUUCGUUUAUUUGUUCAGGGGGAACUGUGUCACCUUCUGCUUCUUUAGCAAAUUGAGCUCUGGCCUUUGUUGCAGAAACCCUCAGCAAAGCAGUUAUCUAACUGAUUUAUGCAGUGAUUAAUUUGUGAGCAUCCUGAAGGAUGGGGAUCAGGGCUAAAGGGGCUCCACAAAAGUCUUGAAGCUGCAGAUCAAGGUAGAUAGUGGAUUGUAACAUACCUAACAAAUGAUAAUGAAAACAAUAAAAAGAUCUAUAAUGAUAAGUGUACAUUCCCUGGCUAGAAAGUUACUGAAUGCUUAGGGCCAGGGAACUUUGUUAAAAGGAGGAAAGUUCUCUGGCUUCCUCCACUACAUUAAACCACUGAUUUUACAUCUUAUUUGCACUCAGGUCUUCUCCCCAAGAUUUGGGGUGGGGUGGUAAAGGGUCCGUAAGGGUUUGGUUGAUGUCCAGGGUGUGUCAGAUUGGAGCUGAUUGUUUGCUAGAAGAAAGAAUAGCAUCUUUCUUUCCUGCCUCUCUUCUGGAAAAUCAGAGUUGAUGUUGGGGAAAAUACUACAGCUUGACUUUAGGGUGGGGGGAAUAGGAACACAAUAUAAUAGGAAUGUUACAGGACUUUGUCAUCCUGAGUCAGAGUUUAGAGGGGAACGAAACGGGUGGUCUAGUGAUAUGAGCCAAGGGUUUGGGAACCAGAAUCUCCUGAGUUUUAAUACAGGCUCUGACACCGGCUCACUGUGUGACCUUAGAUUGAGACACAUGCCAAUCUGCUUCAGUUAUUUAUCUGUGUAAUGGAGAUAUUAAUACUGACCUAUCUCACAGGGAUGUUGUGAGGCUUUCAUGUUUGUAAUGUGCCUUAAACAUAGCAAGUGCUUGAUAAGUGCUGAGUAUUUUAAUAUUCUCCCAUGGUAAUUGCAAAGGGGUCUCAAGGAGUCUAUUGAAUCUUGACUCUGACCACUUUGGUCUUUCAUUAUCCAAUGUACGCUCAUUCUGUUUCCUGCAAUUUAUUCCCCUUGCUCUCUUGUCUGAUGUAACUCUGCAGAGUGAUUUGGGGUACAGCGUGCCCUACUCAAAAUAAAGUUAG